CAGGCGGCUCAUGUACCGAGGAAAUUAAAUCACCUGUGAAAGUAUUAGGUACCUGCAUUCCAAGUAUUCCAACAUCCAAGAUGGCCGUGGUGUGCUGAAGAAUGCGAGCACGGAGUAAAUAACGUAGCACCGUAGCAGCAGGCAUCAUUGAAAUUCACUGUUAGGUGCAUUUUGUUUUGUGGCCCACAGACUGUUGAAUAGUGUGAAAAUAACUAAUUUGUGAGUGUUGUCAAAUGUUUGUGGGGUCGUGUCUACGUAUGUUUCCAGAAAGUGUUAAAUUAUGAUGGGAAUAGGAAGUAGAGGAGAGAAUAUUUAAGAAGGUUAAGGUCAUUUUUAAUAAUUAAAUGACCUCUUCGUAUACUCGUAGAGGAUAUUCGUAUUUUUAUAGAUAUUGGGGCGAUGAUCUUGUUGUUUUUGAGCAAAUUUCAGUGCUCGAUGUGUAAAAACGAUAUAUGAAUUUCUUCUACCAUCUACAUCAAUUUCUAAUAUGAAUGUCAUCGAAUCUUCAAAUUCUAAAGGAAAAUGUCGCAUCGAGAUUUUACCGAGGCUGAACCAGAAGGAACGUCUGCAUUGCCAGCAGCUAGCAGAUCUCUGUUUCUUGAAAAGGUCCGUCAAUCCAACGCCGCGUGUCAGAAUGGAGAUUUCGCAACUGCUGUGUCCCUUUACACGGAUGCUCUGCAGUUGGACCCAUCCAACCAUAUUCUGUUUUCGAACAGGUCGGCAGCGAGAUUGAAACAGGGACUUUUCUCACAAGCUCUUCAAGAUGCUAUCACGGCUCGUGACCUAUGCCCGACAUGGCCCAAGGCAUAUUACAGGCAAGGCGUUGCUUUGCAGUGCUUGGGCCGCCACGGAGAUGCUUUGGCGGCAUUCAGCCAGGGCCUGGGACAAGAUCCCAGCUCGCAGCAAUUACUUGCCGGUCUGGUGGAGGCCUCCGUAAAGUCUCCUCUCAGGCACAACCUCGAACCGACGUUCCAGCAACUGGAAGUGAUGAAACUGGACCAAAGCCCUUUCGUUCUGAUAUCUGUUGUGGGCCAGGAACUUUUAGCUGCAGGAUUGUACCAUUCAGCGGUUACGGUUCUGGAAUCGGCCUUAAGAAUUGGAUCGUGUUCUUUGAAAUUGAGAGGAUCAGUAUUCAGUGCGCUGAGCUCAGCACACUGGGCCUUAAACCAACUGGACAAAGCAAUAGGAUAUAUGCAACAAGAUCUUGCCAUUGCUAAGAGUUUAGGAGACACUGCUGGAGAAUGUAGAGCACAUGGUAAUCUGGGUUCUGCAUAUUUCAGCCAAGGUUCAUAUAAAGAGGCUCUAACUGCACAUAGGUAUCAAUUGGUGUUGGCAAUGAAAUGUAAGGACACUCAGGCUGCUGCAGCCGCCUUAACAUCUUUGGGUCAUGUAUACACUGCCACCGGAGAUUAUCCCAAUGCAUUAGCAUCUCACAAGCAGUGUGUCCAACUAGUCAAACAAAUGGGAGAUAAAUUACAGGAGGCGAGAGAGAUCGGGAAUGUUGGAGCAGUUUAUCUAGCGAUGGGUGAUUUCGACUCUGCAGUAGAUUGUCAUACACAACAUUUACGAAUUGCUAGGAGACUUGGGAAUCAGGUCGAGGAGGCUCGAGCAUACAGUAAUCUGGGAUCUAGCUACCACUACAAAAGAAACUUUACUCAAGCAAUCGUUUAUCACGAGAAAGUGUUGAGGCUGGCUCAAGCUAUUGGUGACAAAUCAGUGGAAGCGAGGGCUUAUGCAGGACUGGGACAUGCUUCGAGGUGUGCUGGAGAUUAUUCACAAGCGAAACAGUGGCAUGAGCGGCAACUAGAUGUCGCAUUAUCCACUAGAGAUAAAAUAGGAGAAGGAAGAGCAUGUUCAAAUUUGGGAAUUGUUUAUCAAUUAUUAGGAGAAUAUGACGCUGCACUCAAACUGCACCAAGCUCAUCUUACGAUUGCAAGAAACCUUCAAGAUAGAGCCGGUAUGGGAAGAGCGUACGGCAAUAUCGGUAAUGCCUAUUCGGCAGCUGGAUUCUAUGAAUCCGCUAUAAAAUAUCACAAGCAAGAACUCACCAUCAGCAAAGAGGUUCACGAUAGAAGCUCCGAGGCGAGUACUCACGGAAACUUAGCGGUGGCAUACCAGGCAUUAGGAGCUCAUGAUAUGGCACUGUUACAUUACAGGGCUCACUUAGGAAUUGCAAGAGAACUCAAAGAUACAGCGGGUGAAGCGUGUGCUCUUCUAAAUCUAGCAAACUGUCUUAGUUCUCGAUCCGAAUUUGGUGAAGCUGUGCCAUAUUACGAACAAUAUCUAAUGCUAUCUCAAGAACUCUCAGAUAUAGAGGGGGAAGCGAAAGCAUGCCAUUUCUUAGGAUAUGCACAUUACUGUAUAGGUAACUAUAGAGAAGCAGUACGAUACUACGAUCAAGACUUAGCGCUGGCCAAAGAUUUGCAAGACAAGAUGAAUAUGGGAAGGGCGUACUGUAAUUUAGGUUUAGCUCAUUUAGCUUUGGGUCAACUGGAUACGUCAUUAGAAUGCCAAAAAUACUUUUUAGCUAUAGCACAUAUGACGAAUAAUUCGUCAGGUAAAUUCAGAGCUCUCGGCAAUAUUGGUGAUGUUCUCAUAAAGAUGGAAGAGACUGAAGAAGCUAUCAAGAUGUAUCAUAGACAGCUAGCUUUGGCAAGAGGCAAUAGAGAUAGAGGAAUGGAAGCCGCAGCUUGUGGUGCAUUAGGAAUUGCUCAUCGAUUGCUCAAAAGAUUUGACAAAGCAUUAGGUUAUCAUACGCAGGAACUGACUCUAAGACAGGAGAUGUCCGAAUUAUCUGGCGAAUGUAGAGCUCACGGCCAUCUAGGUGCAGUUCAUAUGGCUCUAGGCAACUAUACACAUGCAGUGAAAUGCUACCAAGAACAGCUGGAAAGAGCUCAAGAGCUCCAAGAUUGCGCCGUAGAAGCACAAUCUUAUGGGAAUCUGGGAAUAGCAAGACUGAACAUGGCACACUAUGAAGAUUCCAUUGGAUAUUUUGAACAGCAGCUGGCAACACUUGAAAGACUGAGUUCUCCGAUAGCUCUACUUGACAAGGGGAGAGCUUUUGGUAGCCUUGGCGAUUGUUAUGAAGCUUUAGGUGAUCCUGAAGAGGCAGCAAAAUGUCAUGAGCAAUAUCUUGCAGUGUCAUUGAAAUUGAAAAGUCCCAGAGAUCAAGAAAGAGCCUAUAGAGGUUUAGGCCAGUCCCACAAAUCUCUUGGGAACCUACAGCAAGCAUUGGUGUGCUUUGAGAAACGAUUGGUCAUCUCCCACGAAUUGGGUAAUCCUGAUGCUAAAGCUGCAGCUUAUGGUGAACUGGGUCAACUGCACGCUGAUCUGGGGAAUUUGGAACAAGCUGUAUCUUGCCUGGACCAUCAAAGGAGCAUUGCGAGGGAUCUCAAUGAUAAAAUCAUGGAAUCCGAUGCCAUAUGCGGUCUGGGAACCGUUUGUCAUCAGAUGGGAGAAUUUUCAACUGCACUGAGAUACCAUCAAAACGAUUUGGAGAUCACAGAACAACUAGGUUUCAAUGCAUUGCAAUGCAGAGCCUGCGGGAAUCUAGGUGCUGUGUACGAGGCUCUAGGAAAUUUCGAUCAAGCCGUACAGUAUCAAGAACGUCAUUUAUCGAUAGCCUCAAGUGUGAACGACCAACUCGCAAAAACUGUUGCCUAUAGUGCUCUAGGGAGAGUCCACCAACUCCUUGGCAAUCGCAAUCAGGCUAUAAACUAUUUGACUCAGGGACUACGCAUAGCAGAAGCAGUAGGGCGUAGAGAUGAAGAGGCUAAAAUACGAAACCGCCUUGGCUUGGCUCUUUGGGCGAAUGGUGAUCUAGAAGGAGCACAAUGUCAACUUGAAGCGGCCACUCAUCUUCUCGAGAGUAUCAGAAGAGAAACUAAGAAUAUCCAAAACUAUAAAUUAUCUUUAUUCGAACUUCAAUCUUCGAGUUAUCAAGUCUUGCAAAUGGUUCUUGUUUCAUUGAAUAGAACUGAUGAAGCACUCCUGAUAGCUGAGAGAAGCAGAAACCGAGCUUUCGUUGAUCUUUUAUUAGAGCGGCAAGGUUUUCCAGAAGUGAAAGCCAAAACGAAAAAUUUGAAAUUAGAAGAAUUUAGUAUGACUACAAUGGAUAAUUUGAAAGAAAUUGUGAAUAGACAAAGGGCAUCUGUUCUGUAUUAUAGUAUAGCUGCAGGAUUUCUGUAUGCUUGGUUGUUAAUUCCUACGAAAGGAAUAGUGAAAUUCCAUUCCGUAUCACUGGUAGAACCCAACGAGAGCAAGAACACCGAUAAUAUCGAUAUCACAUCAUCUGGAUCGGGUAUGCUAGAAUCGUUAGUGACAUCGGUGAGAGACAGUCUCGGUGUAGAACUCUCACCAUGCUCGACUAUUGUGGAGGAUCAGUAUCCCGACGAUACCCUUUCGGAAAGGACAGGGUUCAGCAGAAUGAUAAACCGCCACCAUUUAAUGAACUCGAGCAACUAUUCACUCAGCUCGCUUUUCUCAUUGGGAAGUGUCGGAGGAUCAGUAGCAUCUUUGCAGGGGAGUACAAGAUCAAGUGCUAGUACCAAAGGCUCCACUAGAAUUAGUAGAAGACAGCCUUGGAAGGGGCCCAGCUGUCUGCAUUCCUUAUAUACCCUCCUCAUACAGCCUUUUGAAGAGCACCUUCCAAAUAAAGGAUCCCCCACCACAGACGGCUCAAAUCUUAGAGAAUUGAUUCUAGUACUCGAAGGCGAUCUAUAUCUCGUACCUUUUCCUGUUUUACGUUCAGCAAACGAAAACUCAGAAUAUUUGUGUGAAAGAUUCUCAUUAUUUGUAGUACCAAAUUUGAGUUCACUAAGAUCUGGAAAAUCUAGAAAACAAGAUCAAGACCAAACAGUCAGAAGCCUCAUAAUAGGUAAUCCGAAAUUACCUAGCACCAUAACGGAACACUGGGGGUGGAAAGACAUACCACAAGCUGAACAAGAAGCAACAAUGGUCGCUGAGCUGUUACAGACUCAGGUGCUAGUUGGACCUUCUGCCACUAAAGAACAAGUCCUCAGUCAGAUUCAAGAAGCCGAAUGUGUUCAUUUCGCAACUCAUGUUUCUUGGAAACUAUCUUCUUUAGUUCUCAGUCCGGCAGAGGUUUUGGACCAAACUCAGUCCAAGCGACUGUAUUUGACAGAUGUGACAGACGACGAAGAAAACAAUGACGUCUCGAUUUCUACCGAGCUACCACCUCUAUCAGAAUUUCUGUUGAGUGCAGCGGAUAUCUUAUCGCUAAAACUAUCUGCCCGAUUGGUUGUGGUUAGUUCAUCACAUACCAGAGAUCAACAAGGCUGGGCAACAUCCGACGGACUGGUAGCUCUAGUCAGGUCCUUAUUAUCAGCCGGAGCUCAAGCGGUGCUCGUAUCACUCUGGCCCGUACCAGAUAUGGCAACAAAAAUACUUCUAAGAGCAUUCUAUUCAGCUUUAUUGCAAGGCACCAGGGCAGCUAGAGCCUUGGCGGAAGCGAUGCAAACAGUUCAGCAUACGAAACACUUUGCGCAUCCAGCUAAUUGGGCGGGAUUCGUGCUAGUAGGUUUGAAUGUUCGUCUUUCCAACAAAGUUGCUCUCAUGGGCCAAGCUCUAUGUGAAUUAUUACAAGUGCCGGAGAAGUGCCGGGAUGCUUUGAGAGUAACACUUCAUCUAGUCGAGAAAAGUUUGCAGAGGAUCCAUCGAGGUCAGAAAAAUGCUAUGUAUACUACACAGAAGUCUAUUGAGAAUAAAGUUGGCUCAGUAACAGGUUGGAAGGAGCUAUUGAUGUCUGUUGGAUUCAGAUUCGAACCAGCAUCAAAUGGUAUACCCAGUAGUGUGUUUUUUCCACAGUCUGAUCCUGACGAGAGACUGACUCAAUGUUCAGCUAGCCUUCAAGCUUUACUCGGUUUAACUAGUACUUCAAUUCAAGCAUUAUCGAAGCUCACUUCCAAUUCUGAUAUUGCUGAUGACGUUAUUGCGGUCAUCCAGUCGGCUUUAUCGCAGUUCUCAUCGAAAAGUUCAGAAGCCGAAAAUGUGGAUAUCUCGCUGAACGUCCGAUUGUGGAGAGUACCAGGUUGUCAUGAACUCUUGGCAUCCUUAGGGUUCGAUCUCAUAGAUGUUGGCCAAGAUAAAGUGAUUUUGAGGACAGGGAAAGUGGCAAAUAGAAGGAACAUCCAGUUUACGUUACAAGCGCUGCUUGCUCUAUUCGAUACCCAGGAAGCUCCGAAAAGCCUUUCGAUCGACUCAUCGAGCAGUCUCGAGUCCUUGGCCUCCGUCGAAAACGAUUUCUCACAUUCCGAUAACGAACUCAACAUGUGCCCCACGCCCAAACCAACGCCCACACCAGUCCUGCGUAUUCCGCCGCCGUUCUCCAGGACCGUUUUGCCCAGCAAAAGAUUGGGAGGGGCGUUUUCUUCGUACGUGAGGCGGAGGGGAGAACCCGACGGUCGAACAGCCAAUCCGGCUGACGGUAAGAUGACCGUGGACAGUAAGCUGAGGAAGAACGUGACGUUGGCGAGGCCGGGCGGCGGUGAAUCUGAUGCAGCGUUCACGCCCAGCCCUCCGGUUGUCCUGCAGCCAGAGACUCAAACAAUGGCCUUAUCUCUUGCCCACCAAACAAGAAUUAGGAAUCUGUAUUCACAGAAUGAUGGAAAGACUGAUAAUAUGAGACCUGAUAGUUCUAGUUCGGCUAGUUCCGCCACUGACUGGGAUAACGGGCAUGCUACUGUUUUGAGAAGGCAAACACAAAAUCAGAUUCCUCCCGUUCCACCACCACGAACCAAACCUUCAUUGGAACUGCCACUCUACAAUAAUCUACCAGCUGGCCUGUUUGAAAACAGUUCAGAUAGCGAAUUAGAGAAGAUGGAAGCGAAAAUUUUCAACUUACCUUUCAAGAGUAAAAUGUCCCACAAGAAAUCUAGAAAAACAUUGUGUACUUUAGACAGACUGAGCGUCAGAACAGAGGUAACUUCAGCGCAGAAUAUCCAUUCACAGCCGAAUCAGGCGCGGAAACCAAUAACCCUGCCCAGCGAAGAAACUUUGCCGAUGAACGAGCGUCUUUUGUACUUUUCCCCCAACGACUCCGAGGCCGCAAAUAAUCUGGCUUCCAUCGCUUCAACGUCAGAAAAAGAAGAGACGAAACAAGAAAAUAAGAAUGAUGGAAAAUCAACCAACACGUCGAUGGCGAUACACGAUACAAUUUUAGCAACACAACUGAGACACAUCAACAGAGAGUUAACACCAACGAUUUCUGAGGUAUACCAUGAGAGAAACAUCGGUUUGGGAUUAGCACCUCCACUGUCGAAGCUGCUUCUGAACCAAUCAUCACAGUCGGCUCCCAAGACCGAUAACUCAGUUUUGGAAAAAAUCACUUUAGGUAUACUGAACGAUGAAGAUAUAAGUGGAGAAAUCAAUAAGGCGACCUCCUGUCAGCGAUGCAAUUCAGAUACUUGUAGUUGCAAAACGAAAUCCAGUAAACCUUGGUUAAGUGAAACUGCUGGUGCCUUGCAGCACAUCCAGAGCUCAGAUCUGACUACAGCAGACAUAUUGGAAAGAGAAGUCAAGAAUAAAAAAUGCCUACUUAGGUCGGAACAGAAGAGAAAUGAAGAAGUUGAGUCCAAACGAUUAUCUCCGUUUUCUGAAAUGUCCCGCAGAGAUGAAGGCGAUGGUCGCAGUAUAGCAGAUUCGACAUCUUCUAGUUAUAAGAAUAAUCGGUUUAUGACUUUUCACUCAGCUGAGAAGAAAUCGAAUAAAUCUAAUACCAAAAUGCGGACAAUCCAAUUACAUAGGAGAAAUGCACCUAGUUAACUUCUCAUAAUAAGAAAAUAAGUAGGCGCAUUCACACAAAUAUAUUUUGUUAUACUGUUGAAGUCGACUAUCAUGGAAAUUUUGACUUUUAUUUGUAAAAUGAUAUUAUAUUAAUAUUAUUUAAUUUAUUUAAUAUGAUUAUAAUGAUGUGAUUUCAGUUGAUAUAAAAACCAUUGAGAUUAUAUUUUUC